GACUUGUUCAACCUGCGGGCAGCAGGUGGAGGUGGGGGCUCCGCUUCUGCACGUCUGGAGGAGAAGCUGUGGCCUAGAGGGCUCAGUGUGGCCAGGGUCACACAGUGGAUUUGAGGCAGAGCCAGGAGCAGCCCCAGGCCCACUGCCUGCCUGUCCUGAGCUCUCGACUGUGUCUCCUGGGAGCCAGCUAGAAGGGACAGAGCUUCCUCACCCCACUGUCCCAAGGGAAUGAAGGAUGGCAGCACGCCGUGCACUGAAAGCUGUUUUGGUGGAUCUCAGUGGCACACUUCACGUUGAAGAUGCAGCUGUGCCAGGCGCACAGGAAGCUCUUAAAAGGUUACGAAGCGCUCCUGUGGUGGUUAGGUUUGUGACCAAUACAACCAAAGAGAGCAAGCAAGACCUGUUGGGAAGGUUGAGAAAGCUGGAGUUUGACAUCUCUGAAGAUGAAAUAUUCACCUCUCUGACUGCAGCCAGAAGUUUAGUAGAGCAGAAGCAAGUCAGACCCAUGCUGCUGGUUGAUGAUCGUGCACUACCUGAUUUCCAAGGAAUACAAACAAGUGACCCUAAUGCUGUGGUCAUAGGAUUGGCGCCUGAACAUUUUCACUAUCAAGUUUUGAAUCAAGCAUUCCGGCUCCUCAUGGACGGGGCGCCUCUGAUCGCCAUCCACAAGGCCAGGUACUACAAGAGAAAGGAUGGCUUGGCCCUGGGGCCUGGGCCCUUUGUGACUGCCCUGGAGUAUGCCACGGACACCAGAGCCACCGUGGUGGGGAAGCCAGAACAGACGUUCUUCCUGGAAGCCUUGCGGGACGCUGGCUGUGUGCCAGAGGAGGCCGUCAUGAUUGGAGACGACUCCAGGGAUGAUGUUGGUGGGGCCCAAAGUGCCGGCAUGCUGGGCAUCUUAGUCAAAACGGGGAAGUACCGGGCAGCGGACGAAGAGAAGAUCACUCCGCCCCCUUACCUGACCUGCGAGAGCUUCCCGCACGCCGUGGAGCACAUUCUGCAGCAUCUGCUGUGAAGCAGCUCGAGAUGCAGCUCCUGGCACUGUCUGCAGUGGGCCCGUCCCACCCGGUGCCCACAUCGCGAGACACACGCCUCUGCUGGGCACAUCUUCAUCCGCUUGUAUUGUGCAUUGAUGAGAAAGAAAGGUUUUGAAUUGCAGCCAGCCACCAAGUCUUGCCAAGAAUCCCUUCUGUUGGCUCUGUAACGAAGAUGAGACCCAAAGAAAAGGAAAGCUGAGAUUUCGAGCCAUUUCUUUUAAAAUAUUCAUCAGGUAGGCAGGGCUGGGAGGAGAAGCCACUGCAGCCAAGAGUGUUCUCCCUCCGCUGACACCCCUGGAAGAUGAGGGGAAUUCAGGCUGCGAAUAAGGGUGAAUGGCGGCUUUUACAUGAUAAAGCAAUGCAUUAUGGUGCAGGAAGAGCCUUGCUGUCAAUCCAGCUGAAGUCACCGGUGCCCGUGGAGGGUGAGGCAGGCGCAGAAGAGGGAGCUGCCCCUCAGCCUGGGCCGCGCGUGAAUUCGCCUUCACAGAUAUUGAAAGUUAAAUCUGCUGCCAUAUUCCCAGCACGGGUGACUUAUUUUUCUCUUCAUUAGCCAGAGACGACUAAUUUAAAUUUAGAACCGGAUUUUAAUUUAAAAUAAUAUUUCCAUUAAUAACCUAUUCAUUGCAGAUACCUAUUAUACUGUGUAACAGUUGUUUUGGAAAUUUUAUGUAAAAUUAAAAACUAUCAGUAUUUUACAGAUGUUUUAAUUAGACAUUGUUAUUAACAGGAACAGUGCAGAAACUAAAAUCAAGCCUUUACUGUCUUACAGACCGUGCAUUUUUGAAGUUAGUGUCCACCAGGGUCCUAUUCACUGUACAUUUGCAAGAUUUCAUUAUUUUUGCCUCUGACACUAUGGGAAAAAUCUGUUGGCACUACUGGGACAGAUUCAGGCUUUUAUGUACUUGGUUACUUCAGCUGUAAGAUGAAAUCUCAUCGUGUAGCCGCAUUCUUCCUCUCAUGUUAAACCCACCAGAGUGAAGGGGACUGAGUGGGUAAUGAUUUUCCUCAUACAUUUGCAUACUGUGAUCAUCCUGGGCCCUGGCAGUUGCUUUAUGGGGCUCUUGGGCAUUGAAUUAUUAGAAUGUAAUUGUACAUCAUUGUAGAGUUCAUCUUAUUGAAGCACACAGAUGUUAA